AUGCCAUUACCUAUGUUUAAGACCAAAUUAGUAAGGAUACUAUCUAAUAUUCUCAAUAGCACAUCAAAGUUUGGGAUCGAGACUAUUAACGCUUUCCCACUUCAAGGAUACCAUACGGAAAAGAAACCAUAUAUCUGUGUGAGAACAUGGAAUUACUAUGACCAGAACAAUGCAUUAAAAGCAAUUCGUGCUGUUGGAAUGUGUACAGCCUCAGAUAAUUUAAACUGCCAGUACUAUUAUCGCAAAGAAGGUACUAAUCUCUUCCGAGUAUCUGUGAAUAAUUACAACCCAAUAAGCGAUAACGACGCUUCACAGAAUCGAACUCUUGUUCUCACGUGGGAUAUCAAGACAUAUAGCUCACGAAAAACAGGUGAGGUGUCUAAUGCAAAAUACGAAGAAGACGUUGUGUUCAUAAUUUAUAUAACUGUUCAUUGGAAAGAUGAUCCUGAACCGUUAAAACAAAUCUGUCUUAUUGAUGUUGAAACUGCGCCAGAUCCACGCUUGAUCACAGUUAUAUGUGAGAACCAAACUAAUUUACUGAAAGCAUUUGCAUUAUGUUUGAAAUGUUUAGCUCCAGAUAUACAUAUAGGUGUUCUCGAAUGGAUAUUUAAUCAUAUGUCACUAAAACCUAUGAGCCUCAAAAAGAUUACAAAAUGGCAAUAUCAAUAUAAUAUGAUAAAAAAAUUCUACCCUAAAGCCAAAAAAAGUAGUCUCGCAUAUUACUUAAGGGAGUGUAAUCUUGACAACAAAGUGGAUUUAUCUAUUCAUCGCAUAAACAAAUAUUAUGAAAAGGCAUUAAAAGAAACCAAUGCCACAAUGGCUGAGCAGAUGCGUGAAGUAGCCAAAUACUGCAUUAUCAAUACUCUUAGCUGUCAGCAGUUAAUGGUCAAGCAUAAUGUAAUCAAUGAAUAUAGGGAAGUUGCAAGUAUAGCAUUUAUAUUAUUAUUCAAUACACAUUAUUUUGCAAUAGGAAUAAAAGUGCGUAAUCUUUUAAGUGCCAAAACAGGAAAAUACCCUGGAGCCUAUGUUUUCCCACUGGUAAAGGAUCUCAAAAAUAGACGACCUGUAAUUAGCUUAGACUUUGCAUCAUUAUAUCCAAGCCUUAUCAUGACAUAUAAUCUCUCACCUGAUAAAAUCAUUUUAUCUCGAGAGCGUGCUGAAUCUCUAAAGGAAAGCGGUAAAAGGCUUCAUGAAAUUAAUUUCAAAUACAAUAGUCGGGAUGUUCUUGCAUGGUCUAUAGAGCAUGAAAACCAAGCUGAAAUGAAAGGCCUUUAUCCAAAAGUAUUAAAGGAGUUUCUUAUUAAACGAAAUUCUCUAAAAAGAUGUCUUGCUCCAUUAAAUGAUAGAAAAGAAGAAUUAGAAAAGGAAAUUAGUUUGGCAGAAAUAAGAGGCGAGAAUAUUACAGAUGCUUUAAAAUCUAAAUAUUCUUCAGUUUCCUUUAUUGACACCUAUCUAGACACAAAAUCACUCGCUUUAAAAGUGUAUAUGAAUACGUUUUACAGUGAAGCUGAAAAUAGCGGGUUCCCUUUCUUCUUGCGAGCAUUAGCAAGCGGGGAUACAGAUUCCUUAUAUCUUGUCUGUCCAGAAGAAUGCUUUCAGAAAUGUGAUGAGGCAUAUGACAAUGGUAAUGGGAUCUCAAAAGAAGAAUAUUGGUCUAGAAUA